AUGGGACUUGGUUCGCUGAUUAAAGACAAGUUAUCGAAACCAGGAGGGUCGCUCUCAGGGUCGGGCAGUCCAACACCGGCAGCCCCUGCGAGCACGCCUGGCCAGAAACCUAGCUCGAGACAGAUUUUUCAGAACAGAUUUAAUCAUGGACCCAAUUUGGGUGGCAUGUUUGUACUGGAAAGAUGGAUUUCGGGUGACGAUUUGUUUGAAGGAACAGAUAAAACUUCGGAAUUAGAAGCAGUCAAGGCCACAGUGAAGAAGCAUGGGUUGGAUGGAGCUCGUGCUAAAUUUGAGAACCAUUGGACUUCGUGGCUGGAUGAAGGCAAUGACUGGAACUGGUUACAAUCCAAAGGUGUCACUGCUGUCAGAGUGCCUAUUGGUUAUUGGACAGUAGACAAUGGCAAGUUUACUCGCCAUACUCCGUUCGAGGAGUAUCAGGCAGUUUACCAGAAUGCAUGGAAUAUUUUCAAGAGCCAUGUUAUUAAACCAGCAGCUGCUAGAAAUAUUGCUGUUCUCAUAGAUCUUCAUGCUUUGCCAGGUGGAGCAAAUGAACAAGAUCAUAGUGGAACUUCGUCUGGAAAGGCCGAGUUCUGGUCUCAUAGCAGCAGUGUAGACUUGGCUACUGAUAUUCUCAAAUUCAUAGCAUCCGACAUGAAAUCUUAUGAUAAUAUCUGUGGUAUUCAGAUCAUUAACGAGGCUCCAUAUGCUAAUAAUCCUAAACACCAGCAGAAUUACUAUUUCAAAGCUCUGUCUGCCAUUCGAGGAGCUAAUCCGGACAUUCCAGUUGUGAUUUCCGAUGGCUGGAACACCCAGCAGUUCAUUUCUAUUAUUAAAGACCACGAAGACAAGUUAUCAGGAGAUGCCAGUUCGCUCGGUCUGAUUAUUGAUACUCAUGUUUAUAAAUGUUUUUCGGACGAAGACAAGAGAAAGCCUCCCGGACAAUUGAUCCAGGACGUGGACUCGGCGAUUCCACAGACCGGAGAUGUCGAUAUUCUUGUAGGAGAAUAUUCGUGUGUGAUGGAUGAAGGUACAUGGAAGCAGCUUCCACAGGGACAAAACCGAGACCAGAUAGUCAGUGACUACGGCCGUCGACAGGUCAGCCAUUUCUAUCAACGAGCCAAAGCUGGUCAGUAUUUCUGGACAUAUAAAUUCCACUGGGGUUCCGGAGGAGAAUGGGGAUUCCGAGAGAUGUCCGACAAAGGAGCGCUACCCGAUUACAGCCAGAUCCCAUCAAAAUCGCCUGACGUGUACCAGAACGCAUUCAACGACCGACUGAAAUCUUCGCUUGACGAGCACGUCAAUUACUGGAAAGGUCAAGACGCCAACAAGGACUGGCAAAACUGGCGGUACGAAGACGGGUUCACCAUCGGCUGGCACGAUGCCCAAGCGUUCGACGAGUUCAACCACAGCGAAAUCGGCCGCUGGGUGGCCUGGAAAAAGUCCCGUCUGUCGCAACACGUACAACAAAAGGGAUCCAGCGACCUGCUAUGGGUGUUCAGCCAUGGUUUCGACAAAGGAGUCGAGCAGUUCAUCGCGACCCGCAACUCUUAG